GAAUACCUGAUGCAGAAAUAUUUGGAGAAGCUGCAAGGUAAAUUGUAGAAGCAUGUGAAAAGAAUGAUUUAGGUUUUAUAUAAAGAGAAGGAUGCUUAAUAUUACUUAAUACUUAUAAUAAUCCAUAGUUAAUAAAAUAGUUAAUUUAAAAUUUAGACUCUGCAUCUAAAAAGAUUUCAACAUUUUAGAGUUAAAUAGAAGAAAACUCAGAAAGUUAUAAAAUCAAUUCUUUUAGGAACUACUUGUCUUACCAUAUACAACAGCAAAAUAAUUAAUGGUUCCAUUUUAGAUAUCGAUCCAAAAACAUAUUCAUAUGAAUUCUCAGCAUAUUUGACAACUGUAGAUACUAAUAAAACAAUAGAUUCAUUAAUUUAAUUGAAUUGUCAUGAUCACAAUUAAAAAAUCUAGGUAAUUUGCUGUGAUAGAUCCCCAAAUAAAGAUAAUGAUUAUGAGGAAAAUGUUUAAUCAUUCAUAAAUGUAAUGCUGGAUAAAGAAUUAAAUUGAAGACUUUUGCUUAAGAUCAAGCUGCAGUAAUUGA